AUUAUAUUCCAUCUAUGUGUCCGUGCGUACGCGACGUGAACUCUGAACACUUUUGGCAUAAUAUAUACAUAAGCGACGCGGAUGUCACGAACCUGCAGCACCAGCCCGUCGCCCUUCGCCCUUCGCUCGAUCUCCUACCUAUUCCGAUGGGAAACACCAUCGGUUCUUCUUCUUCUCCGGUGAAGCAGGAUGUGCCCGAGACGUGGUCGACGAGUUUUACCGAGGGCGACACCGCGGCACACAAUUUCGAGGUCACGGGCUUCUCGCUGCUCGACGGCAUGGGCGCCGGGAACUUCAUCUCGUCGAGCACGUUCUGCGUUGGAGGCUGCGAGUGGGACAUCACGUUCUACCCCGACGGGUUGAAGGAGGACGGAGGCGCCCACGCCUCCGCUUAUCUGCGUCUAUGCAAUGGAGAACUAGGGUUGCAGACCAACUACACCCUGAGUUUAUUGGGCAAGGAUGGCCAAGUGCUUGUGCAUGGGAGCAUAGAACAUACCUUCCAGUCCGCAGGUAUUUUUUGGGGCUUCGAGCACUUUGUCCAGAAGUCCAAGCUGCGACGGCUGCUAUCCGACAACGAGGACUGUGUAACGAUCAGGUGUGUUUUGACUGUCAUGAGGAAGCAUGACACUUUGACCAUCCCGGCCCCGCCGUCGAAUCUGCAAGAGGAUUUUGCAAGGAUGUUGAAGGACGAGGAAGGCGUGGAUGUAACGUUCAUCGUGGGUGACAAAUCGUUCCGUGCUCAUAGACACGUGCUGGCGGCACGAUCACCGGCCUUCAGGGCAGAGCUUUUGGACCCGACGAAGGAGGACCCUACAAAACCCGUCAAGGUUGAUGACAUGGACCCCGUCAUCUUCGAGGCGCUUCUUUAUUUCAUGUACACGGAUACGCUCCCACAUGGUUGUGAUCUUGAGAAAAACGCAACGCUGCAACAUUUGUUCGUUGUCGGAGUUCGAUAUGGCCUGGACAGGCUAGCGACGAUGUGCGAAGGAAAACUAUGCCAAAACAUAAACGAGCAAACAGUGGCAACCACCUUAACUUUGGCAGAGUGGUAUGACCGCGCCCUUCUCAGAAAUGCUUGUAUCGCAUUUGUGUCGUCGCAGGAUGUGCUCGACGCCAUGAAGGAGACCAAUGGAUUCAAGCACCUCAUGACACGCUAUCCGGGGGUGAUGGUGGAUAUUUUGAAACAGAAUCUGCCGUCGUCAAUAGGGGUUCGCAAGCAGGUCGUACGGAUGCAGCGAGGCAGGACUCCUAUAUCACGCAACAUGAAGCGACGUGCCUCGCGAGUACGCCAUGCGGUUUUGCCCUCGGUUUGCGUCCUGGCGCUGGCCUGCGGUUUUGCCCUCGGAUUGCGUCCUGGCGCUGGCCUCGGUUGGCUUCUGUUUCCACAUCCACAGCGGCUCCUAACAAGCCAACCCAUGCUUGGCUUCUUGUAGUGGCAAAUAUCUAGGGUGAAAACGAAGGGUGGUCUGAAAGAACCAACGUACAACAAUGUCUCCAAGUAUUGGAGAGCUCACCAACGUUUUCAGAAGACAAAGUCCAGUUGCUCUGGUCAUCUGAUAUACGAGGCUUUGUAUCUAGUUUUACUACCAUAUACUCUUACAUAAAGGAAUGAAGGGAGUAAUGCUUUCUUCGUAUAAAGCUCACUAGAUUGGAAUUUUUGUUGAGCGUCAUAUUCUAGACCAAUUUCCAUUAUAUUUAACUUGUGCUAUCAA